AUGCUCUCAUGGCAUGCCUGGUGGACCUGGGACUUGCUGCUACUGCUCCUCGGUUUGUCAAUCCAUGCUGGUUCAGCAGCUGAGAUCAUAGAAGAGCGAGGCUCCAAAGGACAUCUGGACCUCAUGGAGUUGAUUGGAGUCCCUCUUCCUCCUUCUGUCUACUUCGUCAGUGGCUAUGGAGGGUUUCCAGCUUACAGCUUCGGUCCGAAUGCCAACAUCGGUCGCCUGACAAGUGCAGUAAUGCCACUGCCCUUCUACAGAGACUUUGCUGUCAUGGUGACUGUGAAACCAAGCAGUGAUCGUGGAGGAGUGCUCUUUGCUAUAACAGAUGCUUUCCAGAAAACCAUUUACCUGGGAAUGAGGCUGUCCCAGGUUGAUGACAGCACACAGAGAAUAAUUGUGUAUUACACAGAGCCUGGCUCCCAUCUCUCCCGAGAGGCUGCUGCCUUCAAGGUGCCAGUGAUGACUAACAGGUGGAACAGGUUUACAGUAACAGUUCAGGGAAAUUACAUUGCUUUGUUUGUGGACUGUGAAGAGUAUCAGAGAGUUCACUUUCACAGGUCAGCUCGAGUGCUGGUGUUCGAAUCUGGCUCUGGGAUAUUUGUUGGUAAUGCAGGAGCCACAGGACUGGAAAAGUUCACAGGCUCAAUUCAGCAUUUGGCAAUCAAGUCUGACCUAAAGGCUACUGAAGAUCAUUGUGAAGAUGAUGAACCUUCUGCUUCUGGGGACAUCAGUGGCAAUGGCAGCCAUGAAGGUAUUUAUGAGACACAGGAAGUCCUUGGACCUUCCCAUGUUCCCAUAAAGCUUGGAGAUACCUUGGCUGAGCCAGUGGGAGCCCCUCCAGCUGUAUUGUCUUAUUUGGAAGAAAAAGGUUUCUCACGAAAUCACAGCUCAGAGGAAACUUCUGGAGCAGGUAAACUUAAGGAACAAGAUCCAGUUGUCACAGAAACUGGACAAGGCAGCAGUGAGUCUACCACUAUCAGGCAGGAAGUCUCAAGAGAAGAAGGCUCUGGUGCUAGUGUUUUGCCAGAAGGAAGCAGAGAGGAGGGUAAAAAUGAACUUCAGGGGUUGCCAGGACUGAAAGGAAAAUCAGGCUUGAAAGGUGAAAAGGGUGAUCCUGGUGCGGGACUGCCAGGACCCCCUGGACUGCCAGGACGCCCCGGGCUACCAGGACCCACAGGACCAUCUGGUCCUUCCAGAGGAUUAAAUAAAUUGGAAUCUGAAGAAUCAGGUUCUGGAGACACUGAUGGAGAGACUGAGAUUUUAAGAGGUCUUCCUGGGCCACCAGGACCCCCAGGACUGCCUGGCAUUCCAGGAAAGCCAGCACCCAGUUCAGGUGUAGGACCUGCUGGGUCACCAGGGAAAGUUGGAGCUUCUGGGAAGCCAGGUCCUGAAGGUCCUCAAGGUCCUCCUGGCCUUGACGGAGUGGUGGGCCCACCAGGACGGAAGGGAGAGAAGGGUGAUCAAGGUCUUCCUGGUUCUUUGGGUCUGAAGGGUGAUGCUGGAGUCACUGGAUCAGUAGGACCCAAAGGAGAAGCUGGUGCUGCUGGAUCUCCUGGGAAACCUGGACCACAAGGACCCCCUGGGCCCCCGGGGCCCCCUGGACCCCCAGGACCAAGCUACAGUUCGGGAUUUGAGGGCCCAAAGGGGGAGAAAGGUGACCCAGGACCUCAGGGUGAGCCAGGACAGGAUGGGAACAGUAUUGUGGGACUGCCUGGGCCCCCAGGCCCCCCAGGACCGAUCAUAGCAAUACCUGAGCUGCUACUCAACCACACAGAUGGAAUUUUCAACUUCUCCAUGAUCCAAGGACUGGUUGGGCCUGUGGGGCCAGAGGGCAAGCCAGGUCUGCCAGGACUUCCUGGCCUGCGAGGACCGAAGGGUGACACUGGGAUGCCUGGACCACAAGGACCCAAAGGACAACAGGGUGAAAAAGGAGAGCCAGGAGCCAUCCUGGCUGCUGACAGAUCCUUAUCUGAAUUGCUGGGAAGAAAAGGGGAGAAGGGUGAAGCUGGCAUGGUAGGACCGGUGGGACCCUCGGGACCAACAGGACAUGCUGGACCUAAAGGAGAGCUUGGUUUCCCAGGACGUCCAGGCCGCCCGGGGCUGAAUGGCCUGAGAGGUGUGAAAGGUGACCGAGGCGAAGCAGUUCGUGGUCUUCCUGGCUUGCCUGGGCCCCCAGGCCCCCCUGGACCUCCAGGACGUAUGGUUUAUGUCAAAGGAACAGUUCUGCCAAUCCCUCCCAGACCUCACUGCAAAAUGCCAGUAAGUCGCAGGCAGAGCCUGCUCUUGGCAGAGUGCAUGGCCGUUGCAGCACAUAACCCAAGUAACUGUGAAGGUGCUAAAGCAAACAGAGACUCCUGGGGGCUGCAUGGGUCGGCAGGCAUAAAAGGAGAAAAGGGAGACAGAGGUGCUCCAGGACCACCAGGCCCGCCUCUUCCUCCAUCAUACUUCAGCCACUUUGUUAACAGCAUAAAGGGUGAAAAAGGAGACAACGGAGUCACCGGUGUAAAAGGAGAGAAAGGAGAACCCAAUGGAGGUUUUUUUCUGACAGGACCUCCUGGACCUCCUGGAAGACCAGGGUUGAUUGGACCAAAAGGGGAUUCAGUUAUUGGACCCAGAGGACCUCCAGGGUUACCUGGCCUACCUGGCUUACCAGGUUAUGGAAAAAUUGGACCUCCUGGACCACCUGGACCACCGGGACCACCAGGACCACCUGCAAUCUAUGGCUCAGCAGCUGCAAUGCCUGGGCCACCAGGUCCCCCUGGAGAGCCAGGAGCUCCUGCAGCCAGGAAUAUGGUCACGACAUUCUGGAACAUCCAGGGGAUGUUGGACCAAGUCCAUCUGGUGGCAGAAGGUUCAUUGAUCUACUUGAGUGAAACCAGUGAGGUGUUCAUCCGUGUGAGGAAUGGCUGGAGGAAGCUGCAGCUUGGUGAGCUAAUUCCUAUCCCUGCUGACAGCCUCCCUCCUCCAGCUCUAUCAAGCCACGGAUUUCAGCCUCUUCCAGCACGGAGUCCAGCACUACCAAAUGUGAACAGUGGGAGGCCAGCACUGCAUCUGGUGGCCUUAAACUUGCCCUCUUCUGGGGACAUGCGAGCAGAUUUCCAGUGUUUCCAACAGGCCCAACUAGCAGGGUUGACAUCUACCUACAGAGCCUUCCUCUCAUCACAUCUGCAAGACUUGGCCACAGUUGUUAGGAAAACAGACAGACAUCACCUGCCAGUAGUCAAUCUUAAGGGAGAAAUACUUUUCAGUAACUGGGAAUCUCUGUUUGAUGGAAAUGGUGGACAGUUCAACACUCAUGUUCCAAUAUACUCCUUUGAUGGGAGGAAUGUCCUAACUGAUCCCUCCUGGCCUCAAAAAGUAAUAUGGCAUGGCUCAACUGCACAUGGGGUUCGACGGGUUAGCAGCUACUGUGAAGCCUGGCACACAGCUGACACAGGAGCCAUAGGACAAGCAUCACCACUGAAGACAGGGAAACUUCUUGACCAGAAAGUGUACAGCUGUAGCAAUCAAUUUAUUGUUCUCUGCAUUGAGAACAGCUUUGUAUCCGAUUCCCAAAGCAAAUAA